AAAUGCGCUAAACUCGAACUGAGAGUCACUCAGAAGUGCACAACGCAUGCAUCAUGAAAACAUCUACCUCAUCCAGCAAGACUGCCAUCCUGCUCUUCUAUCUGCUUUUACAAGGCAGCUGCCCCAGUAACUGUGCCAAUAGUGGUGCCGAAGGAUGCUCCGACGAGAGGUACAUGUACUUUCGACAGGGACGCAGGGUCUGUGAACGCUGCACACAAAGAUGCUCCGAGGUAGAAGAGGUAGAAGUAACUUCAUGCACUUCGGCACAGAAUCGUGUGUGCCACUGCAAACCAGGUUUCUUCUGUAAAAACGGGAACAAUUAUGGCACGUUUUGCCAUAAAAAAUGUGUACCAUGUGUGCCCGGCACGUUCUCCAAUGUGGCCUCUUUGAACUCAUCCUGCACACCUUAUACAGAUUGUGCCAAAUCUGGAAAGAUAGUGCUGAAAGAGGGUACAAAGACACAGGACAGAGAGUGCGGGCUUACCCUAACCACACGCACAAUACUACCCACCCCAUCCAAAAUUAUGAUGUAUCAUGAAGUUUCCCGAACUACAGCCACAACCCCCAGCCCUACCAAUACAGAAUUCACAACCAUCAAUGCCAUAACGAUCCCCUUCAUCCAAACCAGCAAACAGGACAGAGAGUCCGGGCAUGCCAUGACCACGCCCACAACGACGACUACACCCACAAUACCAGAAACCCCAUCCAAAAUCAUCAUAGCCCUUUCUCUCACUACAGCCACAACCCCCAGCCCCAGGAAUACAGACUUCACAACCAUCGACGCCAUGAAGGUCCCCUUCAUCCAAACUAGCAACUCCCUCCCACUGUCACAUCCCAGUCAAGAGGCAUCACCAACACAUCGAAUGCGUUCACGGUCUGCGACUGGGACUACUUCUGCAAGUAGAGGGGGCAAACACCAAAUCAAGGAUUCAGACACAAUGUCAAAAGACGGUCAGAUACUAUUGAUGUUAACGAUGAUACUGAUUCUGCUGGUGGCUGCAUUCUGCAUACUGAGAAAAAGCACUGCUCUCAAAUCCUUUUACAAAUGGACAGGUUUCAUUUCUGGAAAGCAUACCAUAGCACAAAUAAGUCGUAGCGUGGAGACUGAGUUACCUCACUGCAAAGAGGUCAUAGGGCAGAACACAGGGGUGACAUCCAAUUCUGGGGGUGGACAGAGGGUCAGCAUGGAGCAAAAUGUGAAAGGAGAGAAUGUCAGCAAUACUGUAGGGUCCAUUUACAUCUACUCUCCUGGCACGGUGAUUGUGGGCUCCAACACCGGUGAUAAAAAGGAAGAUGCAGGAGACACCAAGGAAAGUGAUCCUCUCAUCACUCGACCUCAGCAGGAGUCGACUCCUCCGUCGCAGGAGGUUAAGAUACGAAUGAGCACACAGGAAGAGGAAGCGACUUUGAGUUUUCCUGUGCCUGCUACUGAAAAGUGAAAACUCAAUUUAUCUAGAAGGUCUUGAGUCAGUUUUUAAAUGGACCACAAUGCUGUGAACUCUUGGGCACUCUAGUCAGCGACCAUGAACUUACAAGCUGAAGGAUGAAAGAUACUCGUAGGCUAGCCCAACUACGAUUGUGUUGUUAACAGCGUAAAGGGUCGGUUAAGGGUUGUGGGUCAAUUUCCACUGUAAGCCAAAUGUACAAAGUGUGUUAAUGCACAAGAUUGAAAGCGUGAAGUAGGCCUAAUGGAUUGUAAAGCAACCAUUUUACACAUUGAUAAGGAUAUUAAUACUUACAGUUUUUAAACGUUUGUUGAAAAUGUAAUGUGUCCCUGAAAUUGCUGCUGUGGAAAAGUACAAUAUGUUCAGUAUUCAUACACUGUUUGCAUCUCAAAACCAGUUUGUCCUCUUUGCAAAGUUUUUCGUCUGCACGCCCUCUACAAUAAGGGCGAGAAAAACAAGCACAAUAGUGAUUUGCAAUUUAACGUAAAUGGUAGAAAACAUCUGUUGUAAAUAUAUUGUUUAAAGUGUAAAUAAACUGAGAUGUUACUGUAUGAGUUUGUGUUAUAUUGUGAGUGUGUGGGUGAUUAAUAUGCAUGUCUAAAAAUAUCUCACCCUUGGAAAGGUCUGAUUUUG